CACUCGCCUGUAGCUUCUGCCGGACAGUGCUGUCUUUCGGGGAUUUGCUUCACAGUUUCGUCAUUUUGCGUGCUGCUCAAAUAGCUGUGUGUGAACUUUCACUUAGAAAGCCAAAGGACUACUUUUGGAUUUUAUUCUUUACGUCAUCAUCGCUCACAUUCCAUUACUGACUAUCAACUCUGAGAAAGCUGUCUGCGGUGCUCGUAUUCUGGAGUCAUGUUUUCCAAGGCCACUGCCAACUUCGUCCGUGAGAUUGACCCCGAAGGACUUCUCAUCCACGUCUCUCGAGUAAAUGACUCACACAAACUGGUUCCCAUGGCGCUCGUGGUCAAACGCAAGCGCUGGUUUUGGCAGAGAUCCAGGUACCAACCAACAGAUUUCAGUCUCGGCGACUUGUUGCUGGGUGACAAGGAGCUCAUGCCGGGAGUGUCAGAGUCAGAAUUCUUGACCUACAAGGGGACAUAUGGAGCUAAACUUGCUAGUGAGCUGGGUCCCGAAGCCGCCUCUGCCAGUAUCAGACUGGAGGGACGUGGCACUACCAAGCUCCAGUCAUGUUUUGGCCAGCUGAAGAAAGAGGAGGUGAAUGUGAAGAAGCUACUACUUGACUCUGACAACAGGUUGGUGGACAUGCAGCACGUGCUGGUGAGGCAGAUAGAGAAGCGGGCUGAGGUGGUGGGGCUAGUGAAGGAGAGGAUCCUCACCACCAGCCCCUGCUCCAUCACCCAGACAAAAGUGGAAGAGUGCACCUUUCAAGGGGUGCUCGGGCUGGUUGGCAUGCUGGGGAGCUCAGUUAAGGUGUGUGUGAAGGACAGCAACAGCAUUGAGAUAGACAGCGAUGUUUCCGUGGAGAUCCCUUCUGGUACAGUCAUCGCGUACAGCAUCCUGGAACUGGAGGUUAAAAAAGACGGACAAUACUACAUAUGUCUACAACCUGGUGCAAUAGGAGGCUUUGAGUCAGACUCAAUCUCGAGGUCCUGGCCUUCUGAUGAUUCCUUCGACACAGUGGAUGGAAAGUGCAACGAGCAGAAGGUUCCACAGAAAGCACCCCUUAUUGCACUUCAUAAUGAAUCGCAGGAAAAAGUCCUUUCUCCUCUGGCAAAGCUUCCCCAGCCGACCCGAUGGGCUUUAUUCAAGAAGCUCCAAGAAACUCUGAGUGACAGAGCUGCUCUGUCAUAUCUGCAGCUUGUGCUUGAAGAUUUGUGUAGCAAUGAAAUACACAAUGGGACCCCAAAAGAAGAGCAACCCAGUGCAGAGAGUCCCACUGAAAGCACCCUAAAUGCAGCAUACCUGUUGGUCAGUGCCAUGGAAGAGUUGCCCGAUGAAACUCUGGAACUUCUGAGCAAGAGCGCUCCUGAUUUUCUGCAGGCCUUCAACAUGCUGGUGUGCAAGCUAAAGACCAGCGAUGUUCUCAACAUUCAGUCUCUUCCUGCCCUGCUGCAGGAUAACCAGGCCUUUCAGCUGGCAGAGCAGCUACUUUCCUCCACCAGUGUGAUGCUAAGGAGAGACGCUGACCGCCUGUGGAUGGAAACCAGAGAUAAUGCAGGAGUCCUCCCAGUGGUCCUCUUCCUCAGCAUCCAUGGAUUGUGUUUGCUCUGCAAUGCACUUUAAUAGUUGUAGUGCCUGAGUGUGCACUCCCUCUUCUUUUUUAUUGAUUGUAUUUGCACCAUUUCUUUUUUUAUUGUAAAAUCUUAUUACAUGUAAGCUUGCUAUAGUUUGUUACAAGACUUUUUCAUAUUAUCAUCAUUAUUGCUUUUAAAAUAUUGCUUUAGAUUUGUUACAGAGCAGGGGAAAUUUUUUUUCCUAAAUAUGUUUUUAUUAUUUACAACAAACAUUGUAUAACAUGUAUUUUGAAAAAAAGAAAUAUAUAUUGAUAGAUAGUGAUUAAUUGAAGGAGGAUUUGAUAUAAUGUGGGGCAGCUCUGAUAUGAUAUAUUGUUUCAUUUUCUUACUUUUCACAGAGUUUGAUUAGACACCUUAGCAGGGUUCUUGAACUCCAGUCCUCGAGGGUGUCCUGAAACUUUUCCAUGUGUCCCUGUUGCAACACACCUGAAUAAAAUUAGUAGGUCAUUAGCAAGAGUAUAGUACUUGAUUGCAUGCUGACGUGGCAACCCAUAACCCUACUCAAGUGUUUGGAAAAAUGUACUUCUAAAAGUACUUUUAUUGCACCAGGUUCAUUCACUCAUGAGCUGCUGUAACAUGAAUCAAAUGGUCUUGCUAAUGACCUACUAAUUGUAUUCAGGUGUGUUGCAACAGGGACACAUGGAAACAUUUCAGGACAACGGCCCUCGAGGACUGGAGUUCGAGACCCGUGCCUUACAGUAAUCUGUCCCACAAGUUCAAUCCAGACGUUCUUAUCUGCUAGUUUUUGGUACACAAUUUUUUUUAUUUUUUAGUGAAUCUCAUCUUUUAGAAAAUUUACUAACCAGGGAUCACUUGAAAGGCGAUUAAGCUAAAGGCAGUUCAGAUUUCUCAGCUCAAGAAAUGUUUACAUGUUGAUGAUUUUAUACGGAAGCGUAGAGCUGCCACCCAGGGAAAAGAAAAAUAGAGCUAUAUCACAUUAUAACGUGACAAGUUUAUUGAUCUAACAAUAUACUUUACAUGUUUGUACAAUAUACUAUCAUGUUAGUACAAUAUACCUUUCACAUUUGAACAACAUAAUAUCACGUUAUUACAAUAAACAUAAUUAUCACGUUAUAACAAAAAAACGUUUGUACGAACGUGAUAAUUAUGUAUAUUGUAAUAACCUGAUAUUAUGUUGUUCAAACUUAAAAAUUAUAUUGUACUAACAUGAAAGUAUAUAUAACAAACAAGAAAAGUAUAUUGUUAAAACAACAAACUUUUCAUGUUAUAAUGUAAUAUAGCUCUAUUUUUCUUUUGCCUGGGUGACAGUUCUACACUUCUGUAAUUUUAAGCUUUUCAGUUAACAUAAAAAAUUGAAGUUUGUUCCAUGCCUAUGGUAUGUAAAAUAACUAGCCUUUCCAAAUCUAUGUUGUGAAAAACAUGCUACAUGCCAAUUCAUGCUAGGAUUUUUAAUUUUAAAUGGUACGGCAUUGUAUUACUGCUCAUCUUAAUAAUCAAAAUAGAUUUAUACUUUUUUUUUUUUACUUAAAGAAAGCUUUAUUUUUAAUACUCUCUUGAAGACCAGACUUUGUUAAAACAAGCUACACUAUAAAAUACAGUAGUGACAUUUUUAAAAGUAGUGCUUUUCUUAAGAAGAUCAUGUGUUUUCAUAUAUGACCUAUACAUUUUUAUGACAUUCCUUUUCCCAUGACCUUACUGGUACUUACUUUCUAAUUUAUUGUUAAGAAAGACUAUAUUACUAGGCUUGCAAAGAAAGUGUUUUGCAUGUAGUUGUCUGUAUCAAAGUAUGUCAUUUUGAUAACACAGAAAGCAAAAAUAAAACUUUUAUAUUUUC